GGGCACAGGCUAUUUUACCCCAAAAACAAACAUUGAAAAGUCCAAAGUCUUGUCUUCUCUAGCUCCAAUUCAACCAUGGCUUCGAGACUCACGGUAACAGCCUUGGUGCUGAUAGCUUUGGCAACAGUUUCUCUCCAAACCUCAGCUUCAUCAGUGGGUAAAUUCAUCGACGAAACCAUCACUUCCCACAAGAUCGUCAUUUUUUCCAAGACCUAUUGCCCGUACUGUAGAAGGGCAAAAGCUGUUUUCAAAGAGUUGAACCAAGUUCCACAUGUUGUUGAGCUCGACGAGAGAGAGGAUGGUUCAAAGAUUCAGGAUAUCAUGAUUAAUAUUGUUGGGAGGCGUACUGUGCCACAAGUUUUCAUUAAUGGAAAACACCUUGGAGGCUCAGAUGACACCGUUGAAGCUUACGAGAGUGGACAUCUGCAUAAACUUCUAGGAAUUGAGACAAAGGAUCAUGAUGAUCACGAUGAUCUCUGAAUCAGGUUGUUAAUUAAGGGGAAACUAUGUCGCAAAGCUGCAACGGUAUUCUGUGACAGUAUGAAAUCUUUACAUAUCAAGACACGGUGACAUUACAUUUUGGCACAGCUAAAGUUUUCAUUUACAUGUAAUGCGAUGGAUAGUUUUUCAAUUAUCACAGGAAUGCACCCCUUACCCCAUUUCCACCUUGUUUUGUACUGAACAUGCUCAGAUAGGUACCCCAUCACAUCAAUUAGCUUGUAUUUUAAUUCUAUCCCUAUUUUACAUUGUUUGGAAUGGAGUGGUUAUUCAUUCUAUUA